AUGCUCAUGUUCCGAUUUUGGAGUUCAGAUUCGAGGGGAAGUGACAAAACUUUACAAGUUGAACAGCCUAUGCUUGAUUUCAGCAAACCACUGCAGCCUUGGGUGUCAUCUGAGUCGCCGCUUACUACUGCGGCCGCCACAAAACAUCCUACAAACCCCGGGCGGCGCAAGCAGAGCAACGUCGCGAUAGCGUCGCAACUCUCUGCUUCUUUACCCGCGCUCAAGCGGAAGAGGACGGAUGAUGAUGACUAUGAUUAUCUUAGGGCGCACAAGAAGGUGGCUUUGUCGCCCGACAUGAAUCGCGCUAGAGAUGCUAUCGAACAACAGUUUAGUCUUGAGAUAUUACUCAAGCACGACGAGUUACGCUUGAUUAAUCAAGAACUUGCCAAAUGCCAGGUGGCUUUGGAGCAGCUGCGAAGGUGCCAUCUAAUUCCGUAUCCACAGAACGUUCCCACGCCGGAACACAUGGUGAAUAUAAUGAAUGGGUCAGGUGCAGCCUUGCAGCCAAAGUUGGGCGAGAAGCUGCCUCAGUGGGCACCUCCCUUCGGCGUCACUGAAGGUCCGUACGCGCGACACUAUGCCAAGUGGCUCAUACCAGAUCCUAAGUUCGACGGCAUCCAGCCUGAAGCCCAUGUGCAAGCCGAGAAUUCAAGAUUCAGGAAUUCGAUAGACGGUAGAUCGACGAGAAAUAGUUAUGCUGAGUUAGGUGCGUCCCACGGGAGAGGUCGGCCAGUAAGGGGUACGGCAGGUCAGAAGCUUCAAGCUCUAUCAAAUGGUUAUCCACCUCCCAAGGAUAAGAAUGGACCUUGCGUCCUGAAGCGAUCUGAUGGGAAGACCGUAAAACUUGUCUGCAUUGAUUGCCAUCGCGAGAACUUUUCCAGUACGCAGGGGUUCAUUAACCACUGUCGAAUAGCGCACAAGAGAGAUUUCAAGAGCCACGAGGAAGCUGCGGUACAUUGCGGCCAUCCUAUCGAGGUUACUGAGCCUAGUGGUACUGUAGGAGAAGAGAAACCAGUCACCCAGAGUACACCUUCUUCGUCCGGUCUUGUCCAUCCAUUUGUGCGGGAGAAUGCCAUGUCCGAGUCUGAGGCCUGUUUCUCUGUUGUGCGUCGUAUCCAGGAAUCGUUAGAAAUGUACAGCCGGGGCCAACUACAUGGCGUUUCGUCGAUUCCUGGAGCCUCCAAGAGUUCUCAGAGCGCACCAGCGGCAGCUAGACAGCAACCAAAUUUCUUACCUUCAGCUGAUUCUCCACAUCUCUCUCGCUUACUUCAAAGCAGAGGAUUUAAUGGCAAUCUGCGCGAGUUGGUCAGUGAGGCUAAGGCUAAGAUCGACCUCGACCAAUACUUUUCCCCCGAUGAUGAGUUAGAUGAGGCUGACGCGGGCGGUAAUGGCGCUGAAAAUGCGGCCACACCCAGGCCCCAUCCCUUGUACGGGUCCCGUAGCAAAGGCCACCCUCCGCAUAUUCCCUAUGCCACUCCUGUGCCAACCCCAGCUCCCCGAGUCGUAUUGGCUCCCGAGCCAGAGAUGAUUGUAGAUGACGAUAUGUUGGACGUGGAUUUGAGCCCUCAUACUGCCGUCAGCAAUAACGCACCGUCUCUUGUUAGUGAUGAUGGGGAGUAUGAUGACUCGGAAGCCGACUCUGAGAUGGAAUCAGAUCUGAAUGAUAGCAUCGGAGCACAAUCCAUAUCGGAUGUCGACGAAAUUGACAUCGAAGACGACCAUAGCGGUGCACGUUCUAUUCGGCACCACCGUGGCUCUACCGGCGCAGGAUCUGGGACGACGGUACGCCUACGUAAGGAUGACAGUAAGCAUGUCACCUUUGUUAGCCCUAUCAAGGGGAAUGGAAAUGAACAUCAGAGACGGGGUCGAAGAUAG